UGAGGUUGGGUCUGGAGGCUGGAAAUUAAUCUUCCUUCAUAGGAUAUAGCAGCAAGCAGAGGUUCAGGAGCUGUGGAUGGGCCCAUUGAAAUGCCAGUCCAUUAUCUUUUUUGCUUGUCGUUGACAAUUUGUGUAAUGAGUGACUCAGAAGACGAUGAUGUUCCCCAGCUUUCAGUCCAAACCUUAAUAGCACUCCAGGAAUUUUAUGCUGAGCAGAAACAACAAACUGACCUAGGUGGGGAUGAUAAAUAUAGCAUUGGAAUCAUAGAAGAGGAUUGGCAGUUAAGCCAGUUUUGGUACAGCCAGAAUACUGCAUCACGACUCGCAGAGGAAGCAGUUGCCGCUUCUAAAGAAGGUGGCAGAAUUGCCUGUGUGAGCUCUCCCAGUGUUUACCAGAAGUUGCGAGAGCUACACAGAGAAAACUUUUCUGUGUACCUCUUUGAAUAUGACAGAAGAUUUUCCAUAUAUGGGGAAGAGUUUAUCUUCUAUGAUUACAACCAUCCGCUGGAGCUGCCGGAGAAGGUUGCUGCACAUAGUUUUGACAUCGUCAUAGCUGAUCCUCCCUAUCUUUCUGAGGAAUGUCUCAGAAAAGUGUCAGAAACUAUCAAGUAUCUAACGCGGGGCAAGAUUCUGCUGUGUACAGGUGCUGUCAUGGAAGACACGGCGGCAGAGCUUCUUGGAGUGAAGAUGUGCAGGUUCAUUCCAGAACACACCCGGACUCUGGGCAACGAGUUCCGCUGUUACGUGAAUUAUGAUUCGGGGCUAGACAGAGACAUCUGAGCGCAGAUAGAAAGUGCUCCAGCAAAGAUCCCUCUGACAGUCCCUCAUUAAUUUCUUAGAUCAACUUAUGACCCUGCCCCUCCUCCUGCAAUUGGGGUUGCCAGAUUAA